UUGCCAUAUGUGAUAGGUUUCUUUGGUUCCAUUGUUCAUGGCAUUUCGUCCGCCUUCUUAGCCACUGUACGCCAUCUAUAUUUGUUUAUAUCUUCCGUUUUGUGUUUGGAUACGUGGCUGCUACAAUCUUCAAAUGCUGAAAGUAAAAGCAAAAAACGUUUUUUGUUAUUUUUAUUAAUGCUGUUGCCAUUGUUAUUGUUAGCGGCUUGGUGGCUUUUAGAUGAACAAGAUCGUUUAUUAAUUGCACAACGUUGGCAUUCAUUGGUACCACUUUCACUUAUCACCACCCUUAGAAGUUCACUUUAUACCAAUUUUCAUACUUUAAAAAGCUUUAUGCCUCUAUUUGCUUCUACGUCGCACAGUGGCACUAGUCAACAUAUGGAAGAUUUAAAAUUAUCUUUGUCGAAAUCCAUGGCUCCAGAGGAAUAUGAAAAUAUUUUGAAUCAUAUUAACAGCUAUAUACACCAGCUGGUAGAUGUAAAGCUACAAGAACAACAACAAAAACAAAUGGAAAAAGGCUGGGAACUUAAUACCAAACAAACUCAAUUAAUAGUACAAAUAAUCAAAGAAAACUUGGAAGCUUUAUCACGACAAAAGCGUUUUAGCGACAGCUCGGCUUCACUCUCGGAUAAUGAUCUAAAUCUUAUCAUACAAAAAGUUCUAUUAAAACUAGAAGAUUCUCAAAACUUUAAUAAACCUUUAAAGCUUUCUCCGGAAAAUAUAGAAGAGAUUAAACAUUUACUAUCACAAACCAUAGAAGUUAAUAAUCAUGCUCAUUAUAAAUUAAUAGUAGAAAAAUUGGAUUUAGAUGCUUUAAUAGCUAAACUAUUAAAAGCUCCUCUCUUCUCCAGCUAUAUACAAAAUGAAAUCUCCUCUCAACUCAAUGAUAAACUACAAGAGAAAUUAUUACUUUUACAGCAAUCUCAAACAUCGGGUGAUGAUCACUAUAAACUAAGUUUAGAACAACAAAAACUUUUAAUAGACAAUUUAAAUAAAGAUAUAGCAUUUAUAAAACUUGCCUUCAAUGAUAAACUUUCGGAAAAUGAAGAUUUACACUAUUCCAUAAAACAAUUGCAGCAGACUCAGGACGCUUUGCUGUUACGUUUGCAGGAAUUGGAAUUGUCUACCGAUCAAAGGUUUAAUAAUCUUUUACAGGAAAUCACUUUAAAACUCAAUACACUCAAGGAUGAUCAAUUCUCUUUACUCAAUCAACAAGUUAAAUUGUCUUUAAUCGAAAUUUUAGGUUUUAAAGACACAACCAAAGAUGGUGCUCAACUCUCGGAGAUAGAUCUACAGAAUUGGGUACGCAAUAUGUUUGUGGCCAAAGAUUAUUUAGAAUUACGUCUGGCGGAAAUUAACAAUCGUACAAAUGAUAAAAUCAAACAGGAAAUUGAUAAAUCUGGCAUGUUCUUAAUGCGUGACAUUAGCGAACGUCUGAAACAGGAAAUUAUUAUAAGUGUAGAAAAUAAGCAAAAAGAAACUCAGGCUGUUCUUAAAGGACAAAUAAAAGAGGCUUUAUCCGAGCAAGAAGUUCGCAAUAUUGUCAAAUCGGUUUUAGCCAUUUAUGAUGCUGAUAAAACGGGUCUUGUGGAUUUUGCUUUAGAAUCGGCUGGCGGUCAAAUACUCUCUACCCGUUGUACGGAAAAUUAUCAAACUAAAACUGCUCAAAUAUCAGUAUUCGGUAUACCCUUAUGGUAUCCCACUAACACGCCCAGAAUAGCUAUUUCGCCCAAUGUACAACCGGGUGAGUGUUGGGCUUUUCAAGGUUUUCCCGGAUUUUUGGUUCUCAAGCUGAACUCAUUGGUUUAUGUAACUGGUUUUACAUUGGAACAUAUACCUAAAAGUUUAGCGCCCAAUGGACGCAUUGAUUCGGCACCUAGGAAUUUUACAGUUUGGGGUCUUGAGCAUGAGAAGGAUCAGGAACCAAUUCUAUUUGGUGAGUAUGAGUAUACCGAUAAUGAUGCUUCGUUGCAGUACUUCCCACUACAAAAUAAAAAUAUCAAGAGACCCUAUGAAAUUGUCGAAUUGCGCAUUGAAUCCAAUCAUGGUCACUCUUUGUACACCUGUCUAUAUCGUUUUCGUGUACAUGGUAAACCACCGGCUGCCUAAUAUUGUAAAAGAAGAACAGUCCCAGAACAGAACCAGUCCAUACCCAUCAACAUAACUUAGCCAUAAUUAAUAAAAUUAGUUAAAUAAGUUUAUUUAGAAUAUAAAAAAGCACAAUUACCAUUUAGCUAUUUCCAUGAAAAUAAUCUGUAAAUAUAAUUAUUAACAAGUAAACAAAAACCUAGUAUGUAACAUGUGCCUUAACAAAACAUACUUAAACGUUUUGUAAAUGAACAGAAUUCCUAUUUAACAAACAAAUCAAAUUUUAUUAACAAAAACAAGGCGCUCUAGUUAUAAUAAAAUUUAUAAUUAUGUAUUUAUAAACUUGUCUCUUUAAAAAAAUCUAAAGUAAUAUUUAUCAAAAAUAGAUUGUCAAGUGUUCAAUUUAGUUUAGUAAAGUUAUUUUUUUUUUUAAUUUUAUUUAUUGCCACUACUUAAUCCUACUUAAAUAAUCUACAAAAUAAGCUUUGUAUAUAAUAAUUAUAAUAAUUUUAUUUAAAAGAUUUAAUAAAUCUUAAAUUUGUGCUUAAA